CCUGUGGGCGGUGAUGUGUAUACGGAGAGGACGUCUUGACUGGUCGAGUUUACUAGGCAUUACAGUUUAUACGCAAAGUUUAACGUGUUGGUAGCGUUUUCUUGGUGCAGACUAACGUUACAUGAGGAUACAACCCGGAAAUAUUUGCGCGGUUGUACUUUAUGUGAGCCUUAGCUGAGUAGUUUGCGUUAACUUUAACAGAUACAUGGGCUUCAGCCACGCCUCGUGUGAUAGCUCACGAUAACAAAACAAUUUAAACGUUGCUGCUGGCUGAAAACGGACUUCUUCGGGACUUAUCCCCCUCAAAGGUGCUCACUUCAUCGUUGCUACCUAUCGAGACGGAUACAUAAAGAAGGCAGGUGUCAUGGGGGUCAACACCAUUCACUGGUUCAGGAAGGGACUGAGGCUCCACGACAACCCUUCUCUAAGGGACUCUAUCCGGGGAGCCGACACCCUGCGCUGCAUUUACAUCCUGGACCCGUGGUUCGCAGGGUCCUCCAAUGUGGGCAUCAACAGGUGGAGGUUUUUGUUGCAUUGUUUAGAGGACUUGGACGCCAGCCUGCGCAAACUCAACUCCCGCCUGUUUGUCAUCAGAGGCCAGCCUACAGAUGUCUUCCCUCGUCUUUUUAAGGAAUGGCAGAUCUCCCGUCUAUCUUAUGAAUAUGACUCUGAGCCGUUUGGUAAGGAACGUGAUGCUGCCAUCCAAAAACUAGCCAGCGAGGCUGGAGUAGAGGUCAUGGUGCGGAUUUCACACACCCUCUACGAUCUGGCUAAGAUCAUAGAGCUCAAUGAUGGUCAGCCUCCUCUUACGUACAAGCGCUUUCAGGCCCUCAUCAACCGUAUGGAUGCUGUGGAGCUCCCUGCCGAGACGAUCACACCUGAGGUUGUCAAGAAAUGUGCCACACCCACCAGUGACGACCAUGAUGACAAGUUUGGGGUGCCCUCUCUGGAAGAGCUUGGUUUUGAGACAGAGGGCCUGACCACAGCAGUAUGGCCAGGUGGAGAAACGGAAGCCCUCAUGAGGCUUGAGCGGCAUCUGGAGAGGAAGGCAUGGGUGGCAAACUUUGAGCGUCCACGUAUGAACGCCAACUCCCUGCUGGCCAGUCCCACAGGCCUCAGCCCCUACCUGCGCUUUGGUUGUCUCUCCUGUCGGCUCUUCUACUUCAAACUUACUGACCUGUACAGGAAGGUCAAGAAGAACGGCACCCCACCCUCCUUGUAUGGCCAGCUGUUGUGGAGGGAGUUCUUCUACGCGACUGCCACCAACAACCCCUGCUUUGACAAGAUGGAGGGAAACCCUGUGUGUGUCCAGAUCCCCUGGGAAAACCCAGAGGCGCUGGCCAAGUGGGCAGAGGGACGGACAGGCUUUCCCUGGAUAGACGCCAUUAUGACCCAGCUGAGGCAGGAGGGGUGGAUCCAUCACUUGGCGAGGCACGCUGUGGCCUGCUUCCUCACCAGGGGAAACCUCUGGAUCAGCUGGGAGGAAGGCAUGAAGGCAUUUGACGAGUUGCUGAUAGAUGCGGACUGGAGUGUAAAUGCUGGCAGCUGGAUGUGGCUUUCUUGCAGCUCGUUUUUCCAGCAGUUUUUCCACAGCUACUGCCCCGUGGGAUUUGGACGACGCACUGACCCCAACGGUGACUACAUACGGUCAGUCAGUACUUUCAUUUGCAUCACAUGAUUAUAAAAACGCAGACCUUUCAUAAGCAGACAUUGUUGUUGGUAUCUGUGCCCCCUGCAGUAAUUUCAAAUGAGCAAAUAAAAUCUCAUGGUAAGCUUGUGCUCUUUUGCAGCCUCACAUGAUUUGUCAUGGUUGCAUCAGGAUUAGAAAAGUAUCAAACAAUUGUUUAGAAACUCAUUUCAUUUUUGC